AGAAGGCGAUCCGUCUAAUUAUACAGCGUCAAUGAUCUUAUUUCAUCAUAGACGAAAUGCUUCAUGGCGUUGCAUAGCGAUUGGUCAAGUGGACGAUGUUGGAGCGUGUCAACUGCGGUGAGGAAACCAUGGUGGCCUUCGACCGGUCCAAUUUGGCCUCUUCAUACCUUGAAAAAGGAGCGGAACGAUGACGGAGAGCAGAGCACUCGUGUUCAUUGAUCCAUGGCAGGAAAGGAGGAGGAGCAACCGAAGCCGCUCGCCAUGUCGUCGCCAUCCGUCGGCGCCGACGAGGAGGCCGCCACCAGGUGGCGCUCGAUCCGGUACCUCCGCAAGCGCCGCUACGCUUUGUGGUGCUGCGGAUGCUGCGGUGCGGCCGUCGUGGUCCUCGGAAUCACCGUCCUCAUCCUCUCCCUCACCGUGUUCAAGGUGAAGGACCCCACCCUCACCAUGAACUCCCUCACCGUCGACGGCGUCAACUUCGACGUAGGCCCGUUCGACGACCUGGUGCAGCUGAACGCCACCCUCGUCGCCGACAUCUCCAUCAAAAACCCGAACGUCGCUUCCUUCCGGUUCGACAACAGCACGACGGACUUCUACUACGAGGGGGAGACGGUCGGGGUGGCGUACGCGCCGGCAGGGAAGGUGUCGGCCCACCGGACGGUGCGAAUGAACGUGACGGUGGACGUGCUCACCAACCGGGUGGUGAGGCAGAUGAACAUCACGGCCGACACACUAACUUCCGGCACGCAGCUGAACCUGACGAGCUUCACGGAUAUAAACGGGAGAGUGAACGUGCUCGGCGUGUACAAGCGCGACAUCGAGGUAACGAUGAACUGCAGCAUGACGCUGGAGGUGUCGGCUACGCAUCAGGCAAUUCAAAGCACCGACUGCUCUGCUAAUGUCAAGUGAAAUGAAGCCGGUGUUCCUCCUCCAUGUAGUAAGUAAAAAAUGGUGUCACAUUACAUGAGUCCCUGUUUUUUUAUGCUAUAAAUCGCCUUUUGGUUGCUUCAUGAAUGGAUUGUAGAGCUACACGAGAGUGGACCAACUUCUUCUUUACUCGUACAACACAUUAGUUGUAUAAGCGUAGGAAUAAGGGCACG